GCGGGCCGCGCCUGCGCAGUGGCGCUGCCCGGGGCUCCCAGCUGGGGCAGUGUUUACAGCAGCCGGAGCCGGAGCGCCCGGGGGAGCUGCCCCUGCCCAGAUCCCUGUUUAGUGUGAGAACCUGCGGGGAAAAUUGUUGAGGAAGAUGGGAGGCGCGGUGAGUGCUGGUGAAGAUAACGAUGAGUUAAUUGAUAACUUGAAAGAGGCGCAGUAUAUCCGGACCGACCUGGUGGAGCAGGCGUUUCGAGCUGUUGACCGGGGAGACUACUAUCUGGAGGAGUUUAAGGACAGCGCUUACAAGGACUCUGCAUGGAAACAUGGGAAUAUUCAUCUCUCGGCUCCGUGUAUAUACUCAGAAGUGAUGGAGGCUCUGGAUCUUCAACCGGGACUGUCCUUCUUGAACCUGGGCAGCGGCACUGGCUACCUGAGCUCUAUGGUGGGACUCAUCUUGGGUCCUUUUGGCGUGAACCACGGCGUGGAGCUUCACUCAGACGUGAUUGAGUACGCGAAGCAGAAACUGGAGGACUUCAUCAGGACAAGCGACAGCUUUGACAAGUUUGAGUUCUGCGAGCCCUCCUUUGUUAGCGGCAACUGUUUAGAGAUCUCUCCAGAGUCGACCCAGUAUGACCGUGUCUACUGUGGCGCCGGAGUCAAGAAAGAGCAUGAAGACUACAUGAAAAAUCUGCUGAAAGUUGGGGGAAUUCUCGUCAUGCCGCUAGAGGAGAAGCUGACUAAGAUAACUCGCACUGGUCCUUCUGCCUGGGAAACCAAGAAGAUCCUGGCUGUUUCUUUUGCUCCUCUAGUUCAGCCCAACCACAUGGAUUCAGGGAAGUCCAAUAUCGUUUACUUGCCGCCCGUGGUUGUCCGCAGCCUCCAAGAUCUGGCCCGCAUUGCUAUCCGAGGAACUAUUAAAAAGAUAAUCCAACAGGAGGCCGGCAGUCAAACUGGAAACAGCCCAAAGAACCUGCCCCGGUGCAAGCGCAGGCGCGUCCGCCACCGUCGCAUGGAGACCAUUGUUUUCUUGGACAAAGAGGUCUUUGCCAGCCGGAUCUCAAACCACUCCGACGAUAACAACAACUGCGAAGAGUUUGAGGAUGAGACUCUAGAAGAGGAGGAAAAGGGUAUCUUGGAAAUGAAGCCGGACCCCCCUGUAAACUUCCUGAGGGAAAAGGUCUUGAGUCUGCCUUUGCCCGAUCCCCUGAAAUAUUACCUGCUUUAUUACAGAGAAAAAUAAGUUAUCUUUCUCGUAGGAAGCGGAAGGGUAGACAAAAGAAUAAAAUACUUCGUAGGGCUUGACAAAUGUACACCACUUGCUUGCCUGUUAACAUGACCAAGUGUGGCGGUAGGCUGGCUGGGAAUGUGGCUGCUGUAUACAUGAACAUCAUGGCUUUUUUUAAGUUUGCUCUCCUCCUUGGUUGUGUGCUAUAGUUUUAUCCUAGAGCAGGGCAUCUUUAGGAGGGAAGCUGGUGAAAUGCCCAGCUGCUUGCAGGAAGGAUUUAAUUCCCUGAAACUAACUGUGCAAGAGAUGUCUGAGAUCUCAGCUCUCCUUUCACCAAAUUGCAGUUUUUCGAUACUCCAUAGGCAGCCUCCUGGAGCCCUUCAUUGUCCAUGCUCUCCCACUAACUCUGCCGUGUCGUGUCCAUUUGUAACGGAGAAUGAAGUUCUUACUAAAAUCUGACCUGGUAAACCUUAUUUGGGGUUUCUUCCAGAACCCUAAAAAACCCCACGUCUUUUGCAAAUGUACAAAAAGGGAUUUUGGUGUUGCUUCGAGGUACCCAGGUUUUGAACAGUGGAGGAAAGCACUGGCCACCUUUCAAUAGAUAGGUCUCGGAAAGAAACGGUGCAUUUUGCCGUAGGAGGAUUGAAAAGUUUGGCAGGGAGUUGGCGUGCCCAUUGCAGAAAGCACCUGGUUAUAUAAAAUCCAGGCUGAGGCAAAGUGUUAACUCUGUAAGGUUACAAAUAAGGCAAGCAAUGAGUGAAUUUUAAAAAUUGGCAAGCUGACUUCCAGAGAUUGCUUGGAUAACCAGGUUUGAGACUGCAUGUAAAAUUUCGGGAAGUCAUUCCAAAAGGGGAAAAAAAAAAAAGACAACAAGCCAAAUGGGUGGAAAGAGGAGACAUGUAGCAGAGGGUUGCAUAAAAGCGAGCUCUGAUAGUAUGACCAGCAGAUCUUGUUUUCGGCAAAUUUACGUGCUAAAUGCAAUGUAAUGCAGUUGGAAGUACUGCUAGGCCGGACUGAGGGAAGUAACUAAAAUGUUGGGGCAUCACCCAGAUGUCAGGCUCUGAAUUGAAAUGGGUCUGUGUCCCUCUGACGUCUGCUCUAGCAAGAAGAUGAGACUAGAUUUCCUGACCACCUUGUCUUUGUAUGUUAGGUGGAACUAGAUUUACUGCCUUUCUAGUUCAUCUGAUUUUGGGGGUAUUUUUUUUUACUUGUAACAAACUAAACAGCUUUUUAAAGUAGUUUGGGUAGAAAGACUUUAUAAUCCGCGGUUUUGUGCUACAUAAGCUCUAAUCUUUAUUCUCAAGUCUUCCUGUGACAGUGGUAGGAAGAGACUUGCGUUCACACGGAGAGGGGGAGGUUAUCUGAGCUGGUUUGCAAAAUUAACUUUCCUGAGGACUGGAAGGAACAAAUUGAGCGAUGGAUGUGGAUUCCCCCAGAGGGUAAUUUUUAAUCAUCCUUGCAGUGGAUAAGCCACCUGUGUCAGAAAAGGUGUGUUCCCAUCAGAGGCCCUUUGAGUUGGGUUGCUUGCUCUUGAUCUCAUUUGGAUUGCUCUUCAGUUUCCCAAAAGAAGUGGAUGAAGAUCGUCUUGCUAAAACAUAUUCCUCUGUAUCCUGUUGGGUUUUGUGGUGUCGAGUUGCGCAACGUGCAUUGACUGAAUUAGAGAUCUAAAUUUUGUGCAACUCUUACAAAAGUGUUAGGGAUUAGUCUAAUGAGCCCGAGUAGCGCGCUUAGACUCGCUUGCUCCCUCACAAAAGCUCAAACGGGGACAACUUGAUAGUUUUCUGUGCGUUUACAGAUACCCACAUUGUACUCAGGACAACCAAAAACAUGCGCUUUUUUUUCCUAUAAAAGAAAACCCAAAUGUGAUGUGUGUGAUGUCCAGUAAAAUCCAGGUGUGCGGGUCCCCAAAAGAUUCUGGCUUCAGUUCUGUUAAGUGCUGCCGAUCCGUAGGUAGGAGUCUUCCUCUCCAGUGAUACCGCUUUUCACCCUCUCUAGCAGCCUCUUGCUUUUGGCUACCAAAUCCUCCUCCAGUUUUAGCAAUUGCAGGACUUCCUACUGGUACAUAGAAAUAAUCCAUUUUUUUUAAACAACUGGUUAUAAACAGCUUAAAAUGGAUGUUUACAUGCAUAAUCCAUCCCAGGGUCUAUUAAACCUGCCCUAAUUAAGGGACAUAAUCUUUGCAUUUAGCCCUAUUUGAUUUCCCCCCCAUGAUUUUAAAAUAUAUUUAAUCGGGGGUUGUUUUUUUUUUUUUUUUCCACCAGAUCUUCCUUGUUAUUACACUUGCUAGGUUUUGCAAUAUCCUGGUAAAUACAUUUUCAUAUGUCCAUCUUUGCGUGCUGUAAAACGCACACAAUAUAUAUUUCCUGGGUAUGGGUGAGAUGAUAUAUUUAUUAAAAGCACUGCAUGUUCUAGGUUGUCCAGUUGUCCCAUUUAUCAAAACAGAAAGCAAUGUAGCGGAGAGAGUUUAUCUGAUGUAUUUUAACUGUGAAAUAAUGUAGCUUGUAGCCAGUAAAAGAAGGGGAAUUGUAAAUAUAGCUUUCCCCUUUCACAGCCACUUGCACUGUAGUUUUGUAUAGUAGACUAGUGCUUUUAAUAGACUAACUGUAGCAUAGCAUUUUUUGCGUAGUCUCUAAGCACCGUGGAUAUACCACCAGUUUUUCUGUUGACUAUUUCACACUUGUUUGCUUUUUAAAUGUCCUUUCUAGAUUUCUAGAUUUUGAUAGGAUCGUAAAUUCAUAUCUGAGCAAAAAAAAAACAAAAAAAAGGAACAAGCUUCAAAUGGUUUUAAUCUUAAGUUCGUCGAUUCCAAAAUGUGUACAAAGGUAACAAGACAAAUUUGCAUAUCUUAUAAGGCAUGCAAAAAUGUUUCAGUUGACAAUUUUUUUUUUUUUUUUUUAAAUGAGUGUUUCUAUACUAAUAAAUGCAGUAAAGACAUUUUGGCUUUCUUAACAUUGUAUCCGGUUGUAUUUAGGAUUUUUUAUGAAAAUAAGUAUUUUCAUAACUACAGGAAGGAAUGUGUGGUGUCGUAGACGAGAUCAUUCGUCAAGUCACGCAGACGUAUUUUACACCGAAUCCUUUAAAACUUGGAGCAUCCGCUUCCAAAAUAGCACAAUUGAUGAUCUACAAACCAGAAGGUAAUGGAAAUGUGGAAGACUUUAUGUUGGCCCAUUAGGAGUGCGUGUGGAAUGGGUAUGCAUUUAAUAGUAUAGCAAUAUCCUGGUAAGCAAAUUUUCUUAUUUACACCUGUCUGUGUGAGUACAAGGUAACCAUCCAGGCUUCUUUCUCUUGCCGGCGCUGUGAAAAAUUCCAUUUUGGCUUCAGGUGCAAUUGGAAACUACUUUGAAUGGCAGGUGUAUUAGCGGACCUGUUUUCUACACUUGGGCAAGCAGCACUCUUCCUUUUUUCCUUUGCAUCCUCUGCAUCGGUCCAGGCCUGUGCACGGGGACUGGGUGUAACACGUUCUCUCUGGUGCAAAGCAGCAGCGAUGCGCUCACAUGCUGCAAAUUCCUUUGGUUUCCACCCGCUGCUGAUCCGAAACGUUUGUAUUUUCUAUUUGUUUGGGGGUAUGCGUGUGCCAUGUUCUGCCUUCAGGAAGGCAAUGUGGUUAUAUGUCGCUGAAUCCAUUUAAAAGGCAAAGGUCCCCUUUUCAAUAAUUGUCAUUGUCUGACAGAGGGAACACUGGACAAAUGCUGUGUAGGGACAGGUAACUGGGAUUUAACAGUUAAAUUGCUGUAUGCGUAAUAAGGACUUCAAAAUGGGCUAUUAAUUGGGGUUCCCUUUGUACGAACUCUUAAAACACAUUCCAAUUCUGCUAAAUACCUGCUCAUGCGGACACGAGAGAGGAAAAGAAAGGAUUUGACUGAUACUCUGAAGGGCUUGGAGGAAAGCCUCUGACAACCUGCAUACACUUAAACUCCGGGGCUGUGUGAUGGGAGAGUCUCUAGGUAAGAUGUCAUGCUACCACAGCUCUCUGGAAAGUGAUGAAGAGCUCCCCAGGAGGUAUUAGUAAGGGGGGAUGUUUUUCUUCCCUUCUGCUUGGGGUUAGUCGUCUCGUGUUUAAAAAAAGAGGAGCCUGGACGGUCACCUUGCUGGGGUCGCUUGACCCCAGUUGUCUGUCCCGCUUGGUGCAGGGGGGCUGGACCCAGUGAUCUUCCGAGAUCCCUUCUAGCCCUCAAUCUAUGAAUGCAUCUAUGAACACUGUGAAAACAGUAGUAUUCUGAUAAUCAUCAUUCAUCUGUGGAUAAACGAAAUCUUUAGCAGUGUUUUUCCCUUUUGUAUUACUCCAUGCUAAAAAGUAGUGUUUCUUAGUUCAUCCCAUAGACUAAGGGUGGGCAGUGAUAAAUGUUCUAGAAAUCCAAGUUGGGGCAUGUCAUUGAUGCCAUUGUCCUGGUUGGGUCUCUGUGAGGCAUUCAGAGGUGUAUAUAACCAAAUACUGAACUGAUUCCUCCAUAAUUGAACCAGAGAAAGCUAUGUUUAAAAUAUCUACUUCGAAUUGCCAAGCUUGGAUACUCAUUGACAAUAAUUGGAGCGCCACUCAAAACAUGAAGACACUUGGACGGGGAAUCAAUACCCAGCCAUAUCUUUCCUUGAGGCAUACUUGCAACUCUCAUGGGUGUUUGUCUGAGUUGCGCUUGUAGCUUGAGGUAACCAAAAGUAAAGAGGCGUCUAGUAUCUUGGGAUCCAUGUAGUGCACAAGUGCAGCCGGGUUCGGACCAGUGUUUCAGGUGUAUCCUUUGAUUCCUUUUUUUUUAUUUGAUUUUUUUUUUAAUUAUUAUUUUUUUUUUGGACUGCCUUUGAGAAUCUGAGGACAUUUUGAACAUACAGCUUGUGGUUUAAUUUCUUCUGAAGCGGCAGCCCUGUUAAUUCCAUGUAGGAAACAAGUGAGCCUAUUCCAAGGACUCUCUUAGACUUGGUAUUUUGUGUGUAUUAUAUAUUUCCAGUAUACCCUGUAAAUGCACACUGAUAAAAGAGUGUGUCUGCAUGCUACGUAGUAGAGGAAAUGUUGCAGUAUCUAUAGUUAUGAAAAUUAAUGCACAUGCGCAGCAUCUAUUUUUAACAGGCUUUUCUAACUAUGUAGAAGAUCCCAGUUUACACUGUAGGCUGAUAGCACUGUAAAAAUCAUUACUCCGAAAAACAAAAACUUGGUGACGUGGGAUCUCCUAGGGUGAGACUUUGUGAAAAAUUAAUCUCAGUGGCAUUAUUGGGUGCUAAUACAAUAAUUGAGCAAAAAAGUCUUGAUUUUUAUAUUUUCUCCCAGAUUUAGGUUUACUAAAACUACUACUAAAGUUACUAUAAUAUCCCAGCAGUGACCCAAGCCUAGCUCUUCAUCAAAAGGUGACGCUCAUUCUUGUCUCUCUCCUACUAAAACCCGUUGAUGGGUUGUCUUUAAAUUCUAACGCUUUUAUUUGCUCUUUUUAAUUUUAUAUUAAGAGGCUGUUGAUUUGUAGCCACUAUAUUCUGCCUGAUAACUUGAUUUCUUCCCUUGAAACCUCCAAAUAAGUGUCAGCAUUAUUUACUGAUAUAUUCAUAAUGGAAAAUGUUCAUUUGGAAGCAGUGUGUUGGGGGGGGGGGGGGGGCGCGGUUCCUUACUGUCCAAUGUGUUUUCCACAUUUGUGAAGAGCCAAAACACUUCUUUCUGGGGGUUUUCCCCUCCAUAUAACCUCUCCUGUUGAUAGUGGUUUUAUUUUGUAGAUCAAGUCGGUUUCUAAAUAAAGUGCUUACGGAUUUUUUGAUGUGUA